AGGCCCUGAUCCUGAGCUCCUUGAUCGUGGAGAGUUUGGGGGUUCAGGGAGCAAGUCACCUCAUUCCCCACGAAGGAGUAACUUCUCAGGUAAUGCCUCUGCUUUUAAGGUGAGGUCACAGUAGAAAGGUGGUCUGUGGUAGGGCAAUGACUCAUUGGGUACAGCCUGUGCCCAGCAUGCAUGCAGCCCUGGGAUCCAUCUUCAGGACCCCAAAACCUGGGAGCAGUAGUGAGUGCCUGUGGUCCCCAGUACUUGGAGAUGGAGACCAAAGAAAGGACAGGGAAUGAAGCUGGUUAUACAUGGGAAUACUGGACCUAAAGUGAUUGCUACAAUGGAAGGAAUCAAUAGUUUUAAGACGCCAAACAAAUUAUCUGAAAAAAGGAAAUCUGUAUUAUGUUCGACCCCAUGUGUAAAUAUCCCUGCCUCUCCAUUUAUGCAGAAGCUUGGCUUUGGGACUGGAGUCAGCGUUUACCUAAUGAAAAGGUCUCCAAGAGGGUUGUCUCAUUCUCCUUGGGCUGUGAAAAAGAUAAAUCCUUUAUGCGAUGAUCACUAUCGAACUGUGUAUCAGCAGAGACUCACUGAUGAAGCUAAGAUUUUAAAAGACCUUAAUCACCCAAACAUAAUAGGGUAUCGUGCUUUUACUGAAGCCAGUGAUGGUACUCUGUGCCUUGCUAUGGAGUAUGGAGGUGAAAAGUCUCUGAAUGACUUAAUAGAAGAGCGGAACAAGGACAGUGGAAGUCCUUUUCCAGCGGCUACAAUUCUCAGAGUUGCUUUGCACAUGGCCAGAGGGCUAAAGUAUCUGCAUCAAGAAAAGAAGCUGCUUCAUGGAGACAUAAAGUCUUCAAAUGUUGUAAUUAAAGGUGAUUUUGAAACAAUUAAAAUCUGUGAUGUAGGAGUCUCUCUGCCAUUGGAUGAAAAUAUGACUGUGACUGAUCCUGAGGCCUGUUAUAUUGGUACUGAGCCAUGGAAACCCAAGGAAGCAUUGGAAGAAAAUGGCAUUAUUACUGACAAGGCAGAUAUGUUUGCUUUUGGCCUUACGCUAUGGGAAAUGAUGACUUUAUGUAUUCCACACAUCAAUCUUCCAAAUGAUGAUGAUGAAGAUGCAACCUUUGAUGAGAGUGACUUCGAUGAUGAAGCAUACUAUGCAGCUCUGGGGACAAGGCCAUCCAUCUACAUGGAAGAACUGGAUGAAUCCUACCAGAAGGUCAUUGAACUCUUCUGUGUGUGUACUAAUGAGGAUCCUAAAGAUCGCCCAUCUGCUGCACAUAUCGUUGAAGCUUUGGAACUAGAUGGCCAAUGUUGUGGUGCUCUUAAGCAUUAACUUGUAUGGGAACUGUUAACUAGAUGUAUUUAUUUAGUUAAUAUAACUAUAGUAGAUAGAUUCUAGAGGUGGCUUAUUUUAGGACCAUUUUACAUAGUUAAUAUUUGCAUAACUUUCUGACAUGUUAUUACUUGUAUCUGCACUUAUUGUACUGGGUAGUCUAUGAAGUCUAGAAACCUCUCCAGGUGUCUAGACGCUGCCCCCACUGAUUUAAACACUAGUGGCCCUGUCUAAGAGGGCUUAGAAUCAAGGGACCACUGCUUUGUUAAAGAUCUUAAUACAGUUCAUCUGUCUGCCCAUAGUGUCCACCCUUCAGCUGGCCUGUCGGCCCAUGUACCCUAGAACUUGAGAAGAGCGUCGUUCAUAAACGUAGCUCCUAGGGUGUCCCAGACCCUGGUUACUGCCUUGCCUCUCUCCACAUCUUAGCGUCUAAAUGUAAGAAUAAAUAAUAAAAGAGAGUUUCAGUACCAGGCA